AGGAAAAAAAUAACAAGAAAAUGCUUCACAUAGCAAUGUAUCCAUGGUUUGCCUUUGGCCAUCUCACCUCAUUCCUCCACUUAGCCAACAAGCUGGCUCUUAAAGGCCAUAGGAUUUCCUUCUUCUCGCCCUCCAAAUCCUUAUUGAGGCUCGAGCCGUUUAAUCGUCACCCUGAUGGCAUAGCCUUGAUUCCUGUUGCAGUUCCAAAUAUUCACGGCCUCCCUGUUGGCUCCGAGACAACAGCUGAUGUUCCCUUCUCGUUGCGACCGUUAAUCAUGACUGCUAUGGACCUUACGCGGCCUUUCAUUGAAGCUUCCCUUCGUUCCCUCAAGCCAGACUUCGUGUUCUUCGAUUUCGCCCACUGGGUACCGGCUCUUUCUCGUGAACUGGGGAUCAAGUCAAUCCAUUAUUACACGAUUAGUGCUGCCACCGUCGCCUACAUCAUGACAAGAGAGGGCAUCCGCGACCACGAGAGGUGUUUGACGGAGGCUGAUCUUACUGAGCCUCCGGUAGGUUUCCCGACUUCAUCGAUCAAGCUCAGUGCACAUGAAGCUCGGGAAUUGGCUGCAGGGAGUUUGAGAGAAUUCGGGAGUGGGAUUUCACUCCUAGAACGACAAGUGACAUCAUGGAAGGAUUCGGAUGCCAUUGCUUUCAAAAGUUGCAGAGAGAUCGAAGGUUCGUACUGCGAUUAUCUCCAGCUCCAUUUUAACAAGCCAUUACUUCUCGCCGGGCCUGUAAUGCCAGAGCCACCCAAUCGUGACUUGAAAGAAACAUGGGUCCAAUGGUUAAAUAGUUUCGAACCCAGGAGUGUAAUAUUCUGUGCAUUGGGGAGCGAGUGCAUUCUGAAGACGAAUGAAUUUCAAGAAUUGGUUUUAGGCCUGGAGAUCACAAAUAGGCCAUUCCUCGUCGCUCUGAAGCCACCUGCUGGAGCAACGACGGUGGAAUCUGCAUUGCCUUCGGGGUUCCUAGACCGAGUGAAGGACAGGGCAAUUGUUCAUGGGGGCUGGGUUGAACAGAACUUGAUCUUGCAGCAUCCUUCCGUGGGGUUCUUCGUGACCCACUGUGGGUCGGGGUCGCUCUCAGAAGCUAUGAUAAGUGACUGCCAGAUGGUGCUUCUGCCUCAUGCCGGCGACCAGUUCAUCAACGCGAGGGUCAUCGCCGGAAGUCUGAAAGUCGGGGUGGAAGUCGAGAAGUUGGAAGAUGGAUCAUUCACAAGGGAUGGUGUUUGCAAGGCUGUAAGGUGCGUUAUGGAUGAAGACAGCGAGGUGGGAAAUGAGGUGAGGGUUAAUCACAUGAAAUGGAAGGAGUUUCUUCUCAGAGAUGGCCUUGAGGAAUCCUACAUAAAUGAAUUUGUUAAGAGGUUGCACACUCUCUUGGAAUGAUUUUAAUUCUUCCUUACUUGAUAAGUUAGACUUAACGACAUACAUUUCCUCGUGUAAACACGAUAUACCGAUAAAACGAAUCGUACUAUGACUUUCUGUUAAUCUUAA